AUGCCCACUUGCGAUAUGCCGUCAGCUCACACUCCUGCCCAGCUCGAAGAGUUUGGCUGGACCGCCGUUCCGCGCGACUUUGCUACCGUGCUCAAGGGCGUCAAGCCGGCCGUCAUCAUUGCUGCGGCCGACAUCAAGGUCCCGACCACCGAACUCGCUCGCAAGGUCGACGAGUAUGCCAAGCGCGAGCUCCCAGAGGGCACUUACAACCACUCUCUUCGGGUUUACUACUACGGCAGGGCCAUUCUCAAGCAGCACUUCCCCGAAUGGAAGCUCACCGAUGAGACACUCUACAUCACCGCUCUCCUCCACGACAUUGGGUGCACGCCGUCCAACCUCAGGGCCACCCUCAUGUCGUUCGAGUUCUACGGAGGCCUGCUCGCCCUCGACCUCCUCAAGUCGUCCGGCGCCCCGCUUCCUCAGGCCGAGAAUGUCGCCGAGACGAUUAUCCGCCACCAGGACCUCGGCGAGACGGGCACCGUCACCCAGCUGUGCCAGGUUAUACUUUUGGCUACUGUGUUUGACAACGUCGGUCUCAACCCCGAGCUCAUCACGACCGAGACGAUCCAGCAGGUGGUCCAGCUUUAUCCCCGUAACGGCUGGACCAAGUGCUUUGCCGACACUGUUGGGGAGGAGUGUGCGCUCAAGCCCUGGGCACACACCACUGCGAUCGACGGGUUUGCCGAGAAGAUUAUGGGCAACACUCUAAUGGCGCCUUACGACAAGUGA